AUGUCAACCGUGUCAAUACCAUCACCAUCGGAUACAUACUCCCCCAACAGUACUUCAUCCACUUGCCGCCCCUUGGCCCUUCCACACUUGGGGUCUGGACCUCAUUGCCAAAUCAAUCCUACAGUUCGUCAAAUGCAUUGGAUCCUCACAGCUACAGAUUUCUUUUCCAAAUGGGUUGAAGCCAUCCCCUUGCGCCAUGCCACAGGCAUCGCUGUUACAGCCUUUAUUCGUGAAAAUAUCAUUUGCCAGUUUGGCAUCCCAGCGAUCAUCCUCUCAGACAAUGGCACCCCCUUUGUUAAUUAUCGGGUUGCUCAGCUUCUUCAGCAAUAUAACAUCACACAGCGCCGAUCUUCUACUUACUAUCCCAAAGGCAACGGCCAAGCUGAAGCAACCAACAAAUCUCUCCUUAAAAUCAUUAGUCACACGGUCGCCGAGCACAAGUCUAAUUGGGUCGAUCAGCUGCCCUUAGCUCUUUGGGCACAUCGCACCUCCAAAAAGCGCGCAACAGGCCAAACUCCUUUUUCUCUCCUGUAUGGCACAGAAGCUAUUCUCCCAAUCGAGAUUGCUAUUCCUGCUGCUGCUUUGGCUGCUCGAAGCGAGGUCGGUGACCUUGUUCUUAAAGCUGCCAAACACAUUAUGCACAACACCUCUGCCCCAAAGUUCAACCCCAAAUGGGAAGGGCCUUAUGUUUUCAUUGAGGUCCAACCCAGUGGUUACUGCAGACUGCAGGGUGAUGAGCGCAAGGCUGAACCCAUAAAUUCCAGUUGGUUAAAGCUUUACCACAGUUAG